AUGAUCUCAGUUGCUACUCGAUUUCCAACCACAGUCACUACUUCAUCACAGCAGUGCUGGAAGCAGUUCAGUGCUUGCCGAACACGCUCAAUAGUAAUAGACAGCCCAAGAAACCAAGGUGGAUUGUUCAGGACAGCUCACCGAACCGUUUACCAUGAAGGUAUGGACGGACACAAUAGAUUAGAAACUAAAGAUUCCACGCACACCAAUAGGGGCUAUGAAACACAUGGGAGAGUGAAGAAGAGCCACCAAAACCUUCAAAAGCCCGCUCAGCAACACACACAACCCAUCACAGCUGACGAAGAGAUCUAA